AUGGCAAAGUCCACGUUCGAAGGCGCACUCCUCCUCGACCUCUUCGAGAAACUCUCCAAAUCCGCCUCACCCAUCGGAGACGACAAGCACACGCACGUUGCAGGCGCAUUUGCGCUUGUCAAGCUUAGGGGCGUGGAAUCCUUCACGGAACAGGAGAUAGCAGCAGUGACAGGCCUGUCUUUAAACGGCACACUCACCGCACUGAGCACAGGCAGAGCAACAGACACGAUCAUCCGCCAGAUACGCCACCACGCUACCCAGUUCCUCGACAUUUCCGACCCCAAAUGGAAGCUCACAGGCCUCAUCCUCGAAGCCACCGACCUAGCCGCUUUAGUGAUACACGGCACUAUAACCUCCACCGACAAAAUAUCCAGAAACAUACAUUUAGACACCGAACUCGCCGCCAUCGCCGAAUCCGCCUCCCCCUUCUGGACCUACACCUCUCACCCCUUCCCAAACGCCGACCCCAAAGGCGCCCUCCCAGCCGGCCUCCCGCCAACCUACACCAUCUACCCCUCUCGCACCAUAGCCCAAAUGUGGAACGUCCUCCGCCUAACCCGGAUUCUCCUCUGCGAAGAAAUCCUCGCCUCUCUCCCCUCUCUCCCUUCCUCCUCCUCUUCGAAUCCCGCCCUCCUAACCGCCGAAAGAGCCCAAAUCACCAUCGACCAGAUGACGAGCGAAAUCUGCGCCUCCCUGCCCCACAUGACACACUGCUCGUAUGCGGCACGCCACAAGCUUCCGGGAGGCGAAAACCCGCACAAACCGCACACGCACACGGUCCCCCACACGCUCGACGUCUACGUCAUGAUCUUCGCCAUCUACGUCGUCGCUUGGGCGCCGCACGCGCCCCGGCAUACACGCGACUGGGGCCUCGCUCAGCUCGAAAAUAUGGCCACGCACUUUGGCAGCCAGGAGGCCAGCGUCAUCCUCGACGUCUUGCAGCGCCAGCGAGAGGGCAAGAUGAAGAGUACCAGGACUGGGAGUGCGCUCAGGUAUCCUGAUAGUACGGCGUUGACCCUCGGUUUGCCGAUUGAUUGGUAUAUGGGGCCGGGGGAUUUCGCAUCUAGGGCUGGGUGA